UUCCCUCGCGGCGGCCGUUGGGGCGCGCGCCCCGCGCCUCGCUCAGCGCUGUGCGCGCGCCCGAGGGGCUGAGGAGAGGGGAGAGCGGGAGCGGGCGCAGCGGCGGGCACACUUCGCCUCCUCGCGAGAGCCGAGGGCCGCUAUCCUUCCUCCUCCUCCUGCUCCCGCUCCCGCACAAAGAAGGCCCCGGCUCGCCCCGUCCGGCUGCGGCCGCGGGGUUCAGGUGUCCCCGAGCCAUGUCCCGCCGCAGCGCUCGGCCGCGCGGUGCCCCCGCCGCUGGGACCCGCCCGGCCCCGGCCCCUCUUGGUGCCUGGCGCCCGCUCAGCGACUGAUCAGCAGAGAGACCGAUACCAUUGUUCUGGGGAGGGAAAGGCCAGCACUCUGUGGGAGAGAACCAUGUCUGUUCGGGAGACGUUUAACCCAGAGAGCUACGAACUGGACAAGAGCUUCCGCUUGACCCGCUUCACAGAACUGAAAGGCACAGGCUGUAAAGUGCCUCAGGAUGUCUUACAGAAGCUGCUCGAAUCUCUACAAGAAAACCAUUUUCAGGAAGAUGAACAGUUCUUGGGGGCAGUUAUGCCCAGGCUGGGAAUUGGGAUGGACACUUGUGUUAUUCCAUUAAGACAUGGAGGUUUGUCGUUGGUUCAGACAACAGAUUAUAUUUAUCCUAUUGUGGAUGAUCCUUAUAUGAUGGGACGGAUAGCAUGUGCCAAUGUCUUAAGUGACCUUUAUGCCAUGGGGGUCACAGAAUGCGACAACAUGUUGAUGCUCCUUGGAGUCAGCAAUAAAAUGACAGACAGGGAAAGAGACAAAGUGAUGCCUCUAAUUAUCCAGGGUUUCAAAGACGCAGCAGAAGAGGCAGGAACAUCUGUUACUGGUGGCCAAACAGUAUUAAAUCCCUGGAUUGUUUUGGGAGGAGUGGCCACAACAGUCUGUCAGCCUAAUGAAUUUAUAAUGCCAGACAAUGCAGUGCCAGGAGAUGUGCUUGUAUUAACUAAACCAUUGGGAACACAAGUGGCAGUAGCCGUCCACCAGUGGCUAGAUAUUCCAGAAAAGUGGAACAAAAUCAAACUAGUGGUAACACAGGAAGAUGUAGAACUAGCGUACCAAGAAGCAAUGAUGAAUAUGGCAAGGCUGAACCGAACAGCUGCUGGACUUAUGCACACUUUCAAUGCACAUGCAGCUACGGACAUCACAGGAUUUGGAAUCCUGGGGCAUGCACAAAACCUUGCCAAGCAGCAGCGAAAUGAGGUGUCCUUUGUUAUUCAUAACCUUCCUGUUCUUGCUAAGAUGGCUGCUGUCAGUAAGGCUUGUGGCAAUAUGUUUGGCCUUAUGCAUGGGACUUGUCCAGAGACUUCAGGAGGUCUCCUCAUCUGUUUGCCGCGAGAACAGGCAGCACGUUUCUGUGCCGAGAUCAAGUCUCCAAAAUACGGCGAAGGUCACCAAGCAUGGAUUAUUGGCAUUGUAGAGAAGGGCAACCGCACGGCCAGAAUUAUAGACAAACCGCGAAUCAUUGAAGUUGCACCACAGGUGGCCACUCAGAACGUGAACCCAACGCCUGGUGCCACCUCUUAAUGUAGAUGAAAUAGCUGUUUGUUUUUAAAUAGAUCUAUUCCUUUAUCAUCCUACAACUUAAAGAACUGUAAAAAAGAAAAGAAAAUCUGUUGUGUCUGCACAUCUGGUGGCCUUAGGUCAGUUUAUGAGUGGAUACAAUUAAUGAAAUAAAAUCCAUUGCCUUUUUUUCCUGUUACAUUAACUGAAGAUGCACCUAAUCUUGAGGCAGCUUCUGAGUUGAGAAUUAUAUUGUUAUCCAAUACUGUUGAUUCAUUUUGAAUCUUUAGACACUUAUCUCUUGCCGCAUAGGCUCUUUUUAAAGGUGCUUUCACGUAGCACAGACAUUACCAGUAGUAGUGUCAAAUAGCAUUUUGUGUCCUUUCAUUAUAUGUGUAUUUAUCAUAAGUCUAAUUUUGAUGCCUUGAGUGAUAUUCCAGAAAGGCAAUAAAUUUGAUAAGCAACACAGUGGGUAUACUCUGUAGUAAGAGGGUUGCAUGACUACAUUCAAUCUUUGAUUUUUAUUUUUUUUUGUAAGGUUUAGUCUUACCAAGAGCAUCUAUGACCCUGGACAUUGCUUGGUGUAGUGCACUCUGUUGAAAUGAGCAAGUGCUGACUUUGCAUGGAAAUAGCCUCAGAGUCGAAGGGAGUCAUUUUUAAUUUCAUUAUUUGUAGACCUGACAGCAUUUACUGUAUUAUCAAUGAUUUUCUUUAUUGAUGGUAAGGAAAAAAUAAUUUUUUUUGCAACGUGAUUGGAUGUGCUAUAGUGCAACAAGGGUUUUGCAGACCAAAAGGAGGUUACUGUAUAAUAUUCAUUUACAAUUCACUAUAUAAAUAACUUCACAAAUAAUUUUUAAAUAUAAUCAAGCUAAAAUAAACCUCUGUUCUGUGGAUGGUAGUGUUUAAUACAUUUUAUAUUUUGUAUAGUGAUUACAAGCCUUUUUUGUUUCUUUAAAAUCAGCAGCUGUUUAGUAUAAUUCUUAGUAUUAUUUUGUUCUUUGCUCAAAUACAUUUUUGUGCACGCUUUUGUGAUCUGUGUUUAAAAUCUACAUUGCCAACAUUGCAGCUUGAACUUUAGCUUGUUAUUCAAAAUAAAUAUUUAAUUUUUUUUA